AUGGGGUCCUGCGACAGCAAGUGCGCGGAUCCCGGAGUUUCAGAGAUCGCCGCGGAGCCUGCGGCCGAGGCAGACAGAGGUGUCUUGGGAGCGAGCUGGCUUGAGAGAAGGCAUGCGAGUCUACAGUCACUGCCCCAGCGGAACGUUCAGAGGAUGGGCUGGAAGAAAGACAUACCAGAUCAUCGGGACCACCACGUGAAGUUCAAAGACGUAGAGCCUCGGGCAGGGACCCGAAAGAGAUCGGACCCCUCUGGCAAGCUGGUGGUGGACCUCCGUCCCACUGAAGAUUUUCCCAUCUUCAACCAAGGGAACUUGGGCAGCUGCACGGCCAAUGCUUUGGCAGCUGCCUUUCACUUCACAGUUCACAAGAUGACCAUGGAGGACCAUGCAGACUUCAGGGACUUCACGCCCAGUCGCCUGUUCAUCUACUACAACGAGCGGUACGUGGAGGGCUUCGUCAGGUGGGACUUAGGUGGCAUGCUCCGCGACGGCAUCAAGACGAUGGCGAAAGUCGGAGUUUGCCCAGAGAAGGUCUGGUCGUACGACGACACUGGAGACAAAUUCAAACAGGAGCCGGAGUGGUUCUGCUACGAGCUUGCCAAGAAGUGCAAGGUUGUUGGCUACGCCCGGGUGGCACAGGAACUGAGCCAGAUGAAGAUGUGCAUCAGGAACGGUUACCCUUUCGUUUUCGGCUUCUCUGUAUUUCCCAGCUUCCAGACGAAGGAGGUGUCAUCGACUGGAAAGAUGAUCAUGCCCCUGCCAGAUGAGGAGGAAAGAGGAACAUGGCGCUUCGGGGUGUUGGGCAUGGGGAUCAUUCGAGCUGGCUUGUGGGGCGACAAGGGCUACUUCUACAUGCCCUACGCAUACAUUUGCAAUCCGGAUCUGGCAAACGACUUCUGGUCCAUAGAGUGGGUCCAGUCCUUCGACAACGCAGGACCGGGCUGGGUUGGGGUGUCCAAAUAA